AUGGACCUAGGUAUCACACAAUUCCGUCGACAUGUCAAAGCGGCCCAGAGGGCGGUGACUCCUUCCCGAGAGCCUACUUUUUCGCUAAAUAAUUACGAUGACAAGCUUCUUCCAUUGCUUUAUCAUACACCUAGAAAUAAGGUCAAACAGAAGGACGUACCGAUGAUAGUAAAAAACUCUCUAGCUAUGCCCAUUACAACCGUUACCAGCAUGAAGGUACGACCGGGAGAACCGAAUUUUGUAUACUGGUACUUUGUUUCGUCCUACUUCCCUCUUAUAUCGGCUUGUUUGGGUCCGUUAGCCAACAUGAUAUCCAUUAUAUCCCUUGUUCAACAUUGGAGAAUAGAAAAGGCUACUGGAAAAGAAGUGCUGGAUGAACCUGGCCUAAUUGUACUCAACUCGAUGUCAUUGGUAUUCGGAAUCCUCGCAAAUAUUUCACUAUUAAUGAAUUUCUCCGGAACGAUCAAAUACCUUAUCACCCAAGUUGUGUCCAUAAUCUGUUUUCUUGGUGCUGUAGUAGUGCUAAUGGUGGAUAUAAUCAUUACCAACCGUGAUUUCAUUGGUCAAGACCCUAAAUACUCUCGUUCCGAAGGGUUCUGGUUCGCUGUAUUCACUACUUUUUACUACUUCUGCUGUGCUGUAACAUUGCUUGUCAAUUUCUUGGGCUACAAGUUGAAUAAAUAUCCGGCCACUUUUAAUCUCGAUACAAAGCAGAGAACUUUAAUGAUAUAUACUAUCUGCUUUGCUAUAUGGAGCGUAUUUGGCUCCGUGGUUAUGGCUCAUAUGAUUGACGACUUGACCUAUGGCUCGUCUUUGUACUACUGUAUCGUCUCGUUUCUUACCAUUGGCCUUGGUGACAUUCUUCCCAAGACUCCUGGAGCUAAAGUCAUGGUGUUGAUUUUGUCCUUGAUCGGUGUAUUGAUCAUGGGGUUGAUCGUGGCCAUGAUUAGACAGGUAGUGAUGACCUCGGGAGGACCAACAAUCUUCUGGAAUCACAUAGAACGGGACCGUGAAAAGUUGUUAGCAAAGCUCAAGAGAGAGCAUACUCCCCUUACUGCCGACCAAGCAUUCCAUAAAAUGAGGGUCAUACGAAGAAGGGCCCAUGUUCACCAAUUGAAUGUUUCUCUAGCAUCCACCAUCAUUAUUUUCAUGGUCUUCUGGUUAAUAGGAGCUACCGUCUUUCACUUUUGUGAGGGCUGGUCGUAUUUUAAUGGUGUAUACUUCUGCUUCUUAUGUCUUAUUACUAUUGGUUAUGGUGACUACGCACCGAAGACUCCUUUGGGUAGAGUUUUUUUUGUUUCAUGGGCUGUUGCAGCAGUGCCCUUAAUGACUAUCUUGAUUUCUAAUGUUGGUGACAAGCUUUUCGGAUUAGCCAAUCAUUUAAGUUUUAUGGUUUCCAAAGCAUUGUUUAGAGAUGAUGACGAAGAUGAUUAUCAUAAAAGGAGAAGGCAACUGGAAGAGGUUAGUGAUGACAUAGAAAGAGAAGUAAAUAUUGAAGAGGACGAAGAAGAUUACGAGUUAAGCUCUACUGGAAAGGAUGUUGGGAGUAAUCACAAGGAUGAUUUCUCAGCAUUCAUAAAUGGAUCGCCAUUGGAUUAUUCACUUCAUCAACCUGACCAUCAACAAACAAUCCAAUUGCAGCAGGUGCGUCAGAAAAUCACGACUAAGAUGCUUAAUCAGAAAGAGACAUAUGAGAAUAUUCUUUCUUUCUUGAACCAACUAAAACCUUUGAUUUCUGAUUCUGUAGAGAAUCCCCUUAAAAGAUACAGUCACCUGGAGUGGUCUGAAUUGUUGGACAGCUUGAAUAAAGAGGAUGUUAUCAUAAAACACCCAGAUGGAACUGAAACCGUCAUAGCACCUAUUACUGUCAAUGCGGAGUACAAUUAUUUCUGGCUAAGUGAACGAUCUCCCCUUCGGUUACCACUAAAAGAACCCAAUUAUUUGAUCAUGAAAGUUUUCUUCAAAAUCGAAAAAGAUCUCAACGAUCUUAUUGAUGCCGAGGUCGAAGAUAUGGAACAGCUACGAUCUGUAAUGUCAAAUUCUUCUGUGCAAAAUGUUGAAAUGUUGAACAGGACUCAUCACGAGAAGAAGGGUCAUUUAUAA